AUGAGAUCCAAGGCCCCCCUGCCACGAAGUGGGACGAUAAAUGUCAACUACCGAGUCCAGUGUAACUCUUGCGAAGCUAACUACGUCGGAGAGACAGGCAAACGGUUACAAAUCCGCGUUGACGAACACAUACGGGCAGUGAGGAGAGUGGAUCCAUUGUCUCUGGUGGCGGAACACUGCGCGGACUUUGGACACACUUUCGCCUUCCAGGGCGCCAAAAUUCUGGGUCGAGGCAAUGACCGCGUAGCCAGGGAAACAAUCGAGGCAUGGCACACGGAGACUACCUCAAUAAACCGUUGUGCCGCCCUUCCAGCAGCCUACGAAGCCCUCCGGACGCAGUUCAACGAACGAAAUGGCAAGCGCGAAGUCAGGCUAGACCUGAAUCUAAACACGGGAGAGCGUACGACGGACCUACACUUAGCCACACCACAGAUCGGGCCCGACGAAGACGGAGUCAUCAAUACUGUUGCCUCAACUACUACUCCGGAAGACGGAGAGAAACGCGGUCAGAGGGAUGCAAUCAAGACUAGCAACCCAGGACGGCAACUUAGGUCAACGCGAAUGCGGGUGAUGGCCACCAAAGUUCAAAUGCCGGCCCCCGCCGAGAGACAGCAGAGUGACAGCAGUCACCCUCACUCCCGCUCUGCCCCGGCGACUACAGAGACGAUCCCUGCGCGUAUGUGGGCCAUUAGCGCCAUAGCCGAUUAA